CACUUUUCCAGUUUCAUCAUGUCCCAAAAGAUUUGUUUAUCGUCCAACGCGCGGGUGGCACGAAAAAUGGAACAUCGUUCAGAACGGGGCCCUGAUGUGAAAUCAGAAGGCUACGAGGGGCAAUAUGAUCGGCCGCAUGCCCUGAUCCCAGCUGAACAUCAAAUUGUACAAGAACUCUGAUCUCAUCAUACUGUUAAGACACUGAUGAGGAACUCAGAAUCCAGAAUACCCAAUGGCGGAAAACCCGACCAAUCCCUUUGCUAAGUCUGGAGGAGUGAAUGCUGGGGUGGGAGGACCAGCCGACACGAAGCCACGGUUUCCACCAGUCACACUUCCAUCUAAAAUUCAAUCACAUAACUCUCACCAUCCUAUAAUGGCACCAGGGCAUGCCAUGGCAUCUGGCAUUGACCCACAAUCCUCCAACACCGGACUGGUCAAUACAAGCCACCUCAUCGCUCCCGCUCAACCCUACCGACAGCCUCAAGACGAAGAAUACCAGCACACUGGCAGCACCAUCCCCGAUCCCAUAGCCGUGUGGGAAAACGGCCGGAGCUUCCAUGGGUACAAGGAGGGCAAGUAUUUCUUCCCCAAUGACGCGAAAGAGCAAGAUCGUCUGGAUCUCCAACACAAACUUUGGACGAUGGCACUGGACAACUCGCUCGGCUGGGCACCUGUCGGCGAUGCGCCAAGCAAUGUAUUGCACGUUGGCACAGGAACGGGGAUCUGGGCUGUAGACUUCGCCGAGGAACAUCCGCUUUCCAAUGUUAUUGGGACGGAUCUCAGCUUGAUACAACCGCCUAACAAGCCGGAGAACUGCCACUUUUUUCUGGACGAUAUCGAGGAGGAAUGGAUAUUUGAAAUGCCGUUUGACAAUGUUCAUCUGCGGUUGAUGGUUUCGUGCUUUAACCGCCCCAAGGAUGUUAUGGCAAAGAUACUGGACCACUUGCGUCCCGGUGGCUGGGUGGAGUAUCACGAUACCGUUUUCGAUCUCAGUUGCGUCGAUGAUACAAUGCAAGGUACGGCGCUGCGGAGAUGGUGCGACUUGAUGAUAGCUGGAGCUGCUAAUUUAGGCCGAAACCUCAACGUGACGAAGCAGUACAAGGAUUGGAUGGUGGAACUGGGCUUUGUCGACAUCAUCGAGAAGAAGGUAGCCUGCCCGGGAAAUUCCUGGCCCGUAGACCCUCACCAGCGAGAGCUAGGCCGCUGGCAGGCCGUAAACACAACUUCUUCCAUACAAGGCAUUUCGCUUAGAGUACUGCAGAAAGGGCUAGGAAUGUCGGUCGACGCUAUCAACGAGCUGUCGAAGCAGGUCCAAGCCGAUGCAUGCAAUAGGAAUAUCCAUUGGUACUGUACUUAGUAAGUUGCGCCGCGCUCACCCGGAGAUGUGAUGGGGGCACCAGCUAAGCUACAGGAACAGUUAUGUUGUGUACGGCAGAAAGC